CACGGAACCUCUAUAUAAGAAGGUUCCUUGACUCUCUAAUCAGACUUAGCUAAAACGAUGGCCACUGCGAUUCUCUCUUCUCGGAACUCUUUAAACCAUCGAUUCGAUCACGAAUCCCUAAUCCACCGUAACUCUAAUCCUCGCCGUCACUCGAACGCUGCUCCUCGCCGACUCAAGCGUUCCCCCACGGCCACUCAGUCUAAGACGCUAGUUGCAUCCCCGGCGGCUAACACCAAUCUCGUCAUGGGUCAAGUCAAGAUCCUCAAACGCGGCGAGACACUCAGCUCGUUUCUUAACAGCUGCGCCUAUGAAGACGAUAAAAAACGACAUCGUUUGAAGAUAACUGACGUAGCGUCGACUAUGAAGAAGCAGAUCAGAGCUUUCAAAAAAUCGGAGAUCGUCUCCGCAGAUUACGCAGGCUCUUGUAACUCAGUUUCUCCGCCUCCAACCUCUCUUCCUAUUCCAUGUUUCUUGGAGAAUACGAAGAACUAAGUUCCUUGCGUAAGAAGAUUCAGGAAACCCUAGAAAGAUUGCUUGCAGCCAUCUCUUUGAUGUCGAAGAAUCCAGACAAGAGAGGAGGGAAACAACAGUUUGUUUCAAAUUCACAUCAAGAAGAAGCAAAGAUGGAGAAGAAUGUGAUCUUUCUAUAGCUUUUGGAUCCUUCUUGGUGAUAUGAUGAUCACCAAACCUUUCUUUACAUAUGCAAUAAAACUUUCUUGAUUGUUAUUGACAAAAUCAUUAAAAAAAAAAACUAAUGACAUUACAAAACCA